AUGCUUUUAAUUUUGUUUAAUAUUUUAACGAAUGUUGCAGCGGUUUCGAUUUUUCCUCAGGCUAACUUUCAAAUUGGGGAUUUAUUAGUGCAUGAUGACCCCAGUAUAUUAGAAUCUGAUACGAAUGUUAUCACAGAACUGAUGCUACUGUCUUAUGAAAAUAAGAAUUAUAACUUUCUCGAUAAAUACUUUGGAGAUGUGUACUUUGGAGAGUAUAAAGACUUAGAAAAUGAAAUUGGAAAGCAAGAGACGUCUUUUUGGGCCAGUAAAGAGGUCGCAUAUCCAGAUAAGGAUGAUAUCUCGGAUAUAGUUUCUGGCAGAAGCGAUAGAUACGUCAGUAACCCUUUAAGUGGAUUUUUAAGUUUUGCCCACUUGCCAUUGACAAAUUGUUUCGCAGAAGAUGCAAAGUUUGAUAUUGGUAUUGUCGGAGCUACUUUUGAUACGGGUGUAAGUUUUCGUCCUGGGUCUCGUUUUGGACCACAAGGUAUUCGAAUGGCAACUAAAAGGAUGUCUUCUGGAAGUAUUUCGCCGUUUAGGAAGAAUUACAACCUUUUUAAGAGAGGAAAGAUUGUUGACUGUGGCGAUCCACCUAUGACUCCAAUAGAUAAUAGGGUUGCUUUGGAUCAACUUUACAGAGCAGAAAGAGCUAUAUUGAAAUCUGAUCCUGCCACCUCUGAUCUUUCGAAAUUCUCGAGAAUUUUGACUUUAGGAGGUGACCAUACAAUAACAUUAAGUUGCUUGAGAGCAGUAUACGAAAAGUGGGGAAAGGUGGCUGUUAUCCACUUCGAUAGUCACUUGGAUACAAUUGACCCAUAUCAAAUGAAUGAAAAUGUUACUGAGUACGCUGCUUUGAAUCACGGUACUUUUUUCCAUUGGGCGGCAAAGAGAGGCUUGAUUUCUGAAGACAAAAACCUUCAC